AUGCAGAAUGAACUAACACAACCUACAGUGCUGACCAAAUGUUCCCUGGCCGCAAUCCUGGCCGCACAGCCCAUCAACCCCAAGACCAACCAGCCAUACCGUCCGCGCCAUCUCCCCCCGCCAACAGAACUCCCUCUGCGCCAUUGCUCGCACAACCCGGAGUCCUCGCCUAUCGACGAGGUCGAAUGUCUGCUGUCACUACUAUCUCCCAACGCCGAAGUCAAGAAGAACAAGGAGCAUUAUAUUCUCGCCACGGCAGAUGCCCCCGUUAAGAAGACCGACAAGAAUGAUACGCAGCGCAAGCGCAAGCGCGACGACGAACGCGAGGAAGAGCGAGCCAUCCGCCGCUCGCAAAUGCUUCGUCUCCGCGCUCGCUCUAUCCCCGGUGUGCCUAUCAUCUACGUGAAGCGGUCAGUCAUGGUUCUGGAACCAUUGAGCACCCGCUCCGAGACUGUCAGAGAUGGUGCCGAGAAGGCCAAGUUCCGCUACGGUUUGGACGACCCUUCGCUGGAAAAGGCGGCCGAGGAGGAAGAGCCGAAAAAGAAGCGCGGUCCCAAGGUUAAAGCACCUAACCCGCUUAGUGUGAAGAAGUCCAAGAAGAAAGAGUCUGGACCUGGGCCUGCCAAGGAGAAGUCUCAAAAGAGGGUUGUUGAGGACGACGAUGUGCCUGAGAAGCAGGAUGGAGAUGAUACAGGUGCAGCCAAGCCUAAACGGAGACGGCGGCAUCAUAAGAGUGGUGCUGCUUUCCCCAACGACAAUGAUGAUACUGCGCCGUCGGCCGAGACUGGGCCCGAGCCCGGUACUAUGGAGAUCGACGAAUAA